UGAGGUUAGUUUGAGAUGAGAGCAGAACAGAGGAAGCAUGUGACCUCGGAGUCGUGGGAGAGAGAGAGACGCCGGACCUAACACCAGUAGCACCCGGUAGUGUCACAGCCCGGCAGCCAGCCCGGCAGCUCCUCAUCUGGCUUUCACUUCUUGAGGCGGCCCUCAGCUGUCCCCUGAGAACGAGAACGUCACUUGAGAUGUCCCCUUUUGGUUUCUGGGGCCUGCCCGCAGCCCUCCUCGCCCUGCUCUACUGCCCAGGGUCUGGUGAGAAGGCGCCGCUGCAGCCGGAGCAGGCGACAGUGAAACGCGGAGAACCCUAUAAGGUCAACUGCACUAGCAGCUGUCCCCACCCUCAGAUCAUAGGUCUGGAGACCACCCUGAACAAGGUCGAGCUGCAGAAGCAUGCUCAGUGGACAGAGUUCCUGGUCUUGAACGUCUCCCAGGACACGGUCAUGUAUUGCCACUUCACCUGCUCUGGGAAACAGAUGUCAAACACUAUCAGCGUCCGUGUGUUCCACCCUCCAGAGCAAGUGCUGCUCGAGCUGCAGCCUGCUUGGGUGACUGUGGGCAGGCCCUUCACCAUUGUGUGCAGCGUGCCUGCUGUGGCACCCCUCGAGAAACUCACCCUCACCCUGCUCCAUGGCAAGAAGCCCCUGCACACCCAGACCUUUGGGAGUGGAAAGGAUGACCCCCAAGAGGCCACAGCCACACACAACGCCACGGCGCACAAGGAGGACGGCCACCACAACUUCUCUUGCCGAGCUGAGCUGGACCUGCGCUCUCUCGGUGGGGACGUCAUUCGCAGAGUCUCAGAGGCCCAGGCGCUCCAGGUCUACGAGCCCAUGCAGGACAACCAGAUGGUCCUCAUCACGGUUGUGUCAGUACUGCUGUUCUUGUUUGUGACAUCUGUCCUGCUGUGCUUUAUCUUCGGCCAGCAGUGGCACCAGAGACGGAGAAGGACCUACAGGGUGCAAGAAGCUUGGAGGAUCCUGAGACGGACCUGGGCCCAACCUACAUGAGCGGUGUGUCCACCACCACAGCAGCCUCUGGAGCUCCUCAGGGUUUGAGUCCAGCCCUGGCUGAAGGACUGUGGCAAGCAGUAGGACUUUUGGGAAUAUUUCUUUUUCUAAUGUGAAUACAAA